CAUCAUCUAACGUCAGUCCAAUAAUUACAAAAAAUUUGCGGUUUCGGCUGUAAGGUUUAUCAUAAUAAGUCUUCCACAAAUAUAUUAUAUAUUAUAGUUUUAGACGUUGUUUAAAUGUAGAUUUAGGUGUAACAGAUAUUUUAUUUACAUUCUAUAUGCUUAAAAAAAGUUAAUAAAUCUAAGAACUAAUUAAACUUAAAACAUGUGGCGCCAACAGUUUUGGAAGGUAUUAAUCCUAUGUUUCUUGUAUGUGCAAUUAUCAUCACAAGUAAAAAAACAAAAAACAUCAGUUAUAUCCGAUAUUGAUGAUAUAAAAGAAUUUAAGAAGUUACUUAGAACCAAAACAAAUGUGUUGGUUCUCUUUAUUAAUAAUAACAAAGCAUCUCAGUCAGUUUUGGAAGUAUUUAGGGAAGCUGCUGAUAAUAUGAAAGGUCAAGCUACAUUGGUAAUGAUGGACUGUAGUGGAAGUGAAGGUAAAAAAUUAUGCAAAAAGUUAAAGGUGUCUACUGAAAAGCCAUACAGACUCAAGCAUUAUAAAGACGGCGAUUACCAUAAGGACUAUGACCGAGGCAUGACUGUUAGUGCCAUGGUUAAUUUCCUUAGAGACCCAACAGGAGAUUUGCCUUGGGAGGAAGAUCCAGAGGCAUCUGAUAUUGUCCAUUUAGCUGAUGGAGAGGCAUUGAUCAAGUUUUUGAAGAAAGGAAUAGCAACUUAUAAAAAAUCCAUGAUAAUGUUCUAUGCACCCUGGUGCGGCUAUUGUAAGUCUAUGAAACCAGAUUAUGUAGCUGCUGCAGGUGAUUUGAAGGGGGAAGCAUAUUUAGCAGCUAUUGAUGUUUCAAAGCCGGGCAAUUCAAAAAUUAGACAGAUAUAUAACAUAACUGGAUUUCCUACUCUCUUGUACUUUGAAAAAGGGCAGUUUCGGUUUCCCUACCAAGGAGAUAACAAACACCAAGCUAUUGUGGACUUCAUGAGAGAUCCCACAUCUCAGCAACAGAAGAAGAAAGAAGUUGUCGAUGAAAGCUGGUCAAAGGAUACUGAUGUGGAACAUUUAACUGCUCAAACUUUUGAUAGUGUGCUAUCUAAAGCUGAACACGCUUUGGUUGUAUUCUACGCUCCAUGGUGCGGACACUGCAAGCGAAUUAAACCGGAGUUUGAAAAUGCUGCAACCAGGAUUAAAAAUGAGAAUAUAAACGGGCUGUUAGCAGCAGUCGAUGCGACGAAACAACCGGAAUUAGCAUCUAGAUUCGGUGUUAAAGGCUACCCAACUUUGAAAUAUUUUAAUCGCGGAGAAUUCAAAUACGAUGCUGGCCAUGCUCGUCAAGAACAACAGAUUAUUGAUUUUAUUAAGUCACCACAAGAGCCACCACCGCCGCCCCCUCCAGAGACUCCCUGGUCGGAAGAAGAGUCUUUCGUUCGUCACCUUGACUCGGCGAGCUUCCGCAACGUCCUUCGGAAGAUCAAACAUGCCAUCGUCAUGUUUUAUGCGCCCUGGUGCGGUCACUGCAAAAGCACGAAACCGGAGUUCGUUAAAGCUGCGGAAAAGUUCGCAGAUGAAUUAAUUGUGGCGUUCGCUGCUGUAGACUGCACUCAGCAUAAGGAUAUAUGCUCGAACUAUGACGUCAAAGGAUACCCAACUAUAAAGUACUUUAGCUACUUUGACAAAUCGGUACAGGAUUAUAGCGGCGGAAGAAAGGAAGCAGACUUCGUAUCAUUCAUCCAUAGCCAAAUGGAUAAACAUCAGACGUCACAGAAAGUGCAGAGUAAUCAAGAUGCUGGGUUUGGUGUGAACGUAAUGUUGGCUGAUGAUGGCAAUUUCCAAGAAGUUAUAUCUUCGUCGAAACCUACCUUCGUUAUGUUUUAUGCUACAUGGUGUGGACAUUGUUCGACGGUGAAACCAGCUUACAGUCGUCUCGCAACAAUAAUGCAGAAGGAAAAAAAAUCGGUCAAAGUUAUAGCAAUCGAUGCAGCGGAAAACCAAAAGGUGGCAGACUUCGCGGGCAUACAAACUUUACCGACGUUCAAAAUAUACGCAUCGGGAAAACACUUGGCUGAUUACGAAGGAGAUAGAUCUACGGAGGACAUGGUAAACUUUUGCAAAACACACGCUAAGGUAAAAGAUGAAUUGUGAUAGAUGUGUCCAGUAGCAUAUCAACUUAUAUCAGCGACGCGAUAAUACAAGCGACUAAAAUAUAAUUCAUUUUCUUAGUCAUUUUUUUCGUGCAAAACUUUAGCAUUUAUAUACUACGUCUUUGCACGUGUAAAUUUACGUAGCCAUCAAUUUUCAAAAUUCCUGGCUGCGUGCAAAGGCAAUGCUGGUUCCUCACGUAAAUAUCCUGUGAAGUUCGCUUAACGCUUAUACAUAAUCUAUAAUAUAAAUUAAAUUUACCACAAGUUUUUAUUUGUUAAUUCUGUUACCUGUCCUUUUCGCAUUAAACUAUAAAAUAGAGGACAGAAGUAUCGUAUUCCAUAGUUAAA